UUUAAAGAUGCUCGCAUCAGAUUCAUUUCAUUCAGCAGAUCACAGCCAUUUGAGCUUGAAUUCGUAUGAUCAAGAGUUUAAAAUACCGAAAAUUGUGUCAAAUUAAUCUUCUCAAAACCUUUAAAGAUCCUAAAACAACAAAAUUUGAAAGAACUAAGCCACGGAUUUUAGCAAGAAAGGCCAUCGAAAUUCCUAAGAGAACAAGAAGUCAAGAUAACAAAUUUUUCCUAAAGUCUAAUCAAAGGAAAAUCAAAAAUUGUAAAAUGAUUUAUGAUCACUUCAGUAAAGACACUAACAAAGGAGGUUCGUUACGACGGAAUUCUAAUGUUCUGAGGGCAAGACCGAAAGGUAGUCUAUUAUAACCGGUACUGCUAAUUUCGGGUUGCAAUAUGACAACAAUAAACCUUUGAUUAUAACCUCAAAAUUUGAGAAAUUACUUCACAGUAUUCAUAAAUCCUAUAAAUGUACUACUACAAAGCAGAGAAACUAUUUGAACCUCUUCAGAGAGCCUAACUCUUCGAGCAGCUACGCUAAGGUCUUGAUGUCCAGGUUCGAAUCCUUGACCCCUUCUGAACUCAGAGAAAAGCCAAAUUUGUCUCGAAAUGAGAUAAUGAACAAGUUAUAUUGUAGUAAAAUCUCUAAACAAUCCAGAAAAUUAGAAGUAGCAUCUGCUCAGCGUAAAUAACUCAGAACAGUCUGAAAAUUACAACACCAGCAAUGAUGAUAGAACUUUUGCCGAAACUUCUCUGUUAGAAGUGAAGAAACAGAGGAUUAAAUAAGCUUCAUAAGAAAAUUAAGCUUAACAGUCAGAUUCUUAAAUCAAAUGCCGAUAAGAACUACAGGUCAUCGAGAGGACUCUCCUCUUGACUGAACUCAGUGCCAAUAAAUACUUCUAAACGAAAAGCUAAUCAUUCAAAAGUGAAAUUUUCAAAUAUCUCAAAAGGUUUCAUGUCCAAAAUUCCUGAUUAUACACAAGAAAGUAGCAAAGGAAGGAGAGUAUCAAUCAAGCUUGGGAAUAAGAACAUGUGUAAAAUUAGACAGCAUCUGAAUCCAGAUCCAUAUAGUAGUUUUCAGUCUCUGAACUCUGACCAUAAUCUGAAGAAUCUCUCUCCUGUUUACAAAUAGCCUAACAUUUUCAUAAACUUCAUA